AGGUCCUGACAUCACAUUCUAAACGUGAUGUCAGGAUUUUGUGACUUUGAAGUCAGGUGUACUGUUUUGGUCAUCAAAGAUCAAAGCCAAACAGGCAAGCUGAACGUUCUAAAUGUGACAUCACUUCCCAAAGUUCUUGGGACUGCUUUUACUUAUGCUCCUCAGAACUGGUUAGUACCAAAAGAGAGUUGGAAAGGUGAAUACCAAUUGCACUCGAUUUCAAUGGAAACCUAUAGCGUAAAACAGACCUCAACAUCAACACUUGCUACCGGAGAGAGGGGAACUUUUCCGAUAGAAGAAUCAGACGUUCUGUCUGGUAAAUCAAGCAAGUACCAGAUAGAGAAGUUCCUGGGGGAGGGGAGUUUUGGAAAAGUGGCCCAGUGCAUAAAAUUAGACACCAAAGAGAAGAUGGCCGUGAAGAUUGUGCGGCAAGACAUUUCCUGGGCUGGUAAAAAAGAGGUGGCCAUGCUUAAAAAACUCAGGAAGCUUGACCAAGAAAAGAACAACUUGGUCAGAUUAAAGGAGCACUUUAUGCACAGAGGACACGUUUGUCUGGCAUUUGAAAUGCUGGACAUAAAUCUAUAUGACAUGAUGAAAGCAAGGUCCUUCAAGAUGCGUUUGUGUGAGAUUAGAAUUAUCACUCGACAGAUGCUGGAUGCUCUGAACGCCCUCAAGAGCAUAGGUCUGGCACAUACAGACAUCAAGCCAGACAAUAUAAUGCUUGUAAAUCAUCAGUUGCAGCCCUUCAAACUGAAACUGAUUGAUUUUGGUUUGGCCUCUGUGGUUUCCACAAUGUGGCGUGGCGUCAUCAUUCAGCCCCUUGGUUACAGGGCCCCAGAGGUCCUGUUGGGCCUCCCACUGAAUGAGGCCGUCGAUAUGUGGGCGCUUGGCUGCGUUUUGGCCUUCAUGUACCUGGGCCAGCACCUGUAUCCACUACAGUGUGAAUAUGAGGUCAUGAGAGUCAUCGUGCAGAUGCACGGUCAGCCCGAUGAUCACCUGCUAAACUCUGGAAUUAGUACCCGGGACUACUUCAGCAAGAACCAACCAUCCCUCAGUCCUUCAUGGAGGCUGAAUACACGAGCUGAAUACAAGCUCGCAACAGGCUCCAUGACCAAACAUUGUAAGGGCGUUUUUGACAUGUUUACAUGUCUUGAUGACAUGGCGAAGACCAAAAAAGGAGUGGAGGAUGCCACUGAUUAUGAAGACACACAGGCCUUUUUAGACCUCCUCAAACAGAUGCUGCAUGUGGAUCCUGAAAAAAGAAUCACCCCCAGCGAAGCUUUAGAGCACCAUUUUAUCACGAUGAAACACCCUUGUAUUGGCACUUACAACGAUUCUUAUGUGACAUCACCCCGUUUGACCACGAAAGACUGCCGACUGGAGCAGUCAUCCAAGUACUUUGAAACCACCGAAGUGAUAAGUUGGAAUGGAGCAUCCAUUACUAGCUUAGAUGACACACUUUCAGUUGAUGAAGAAACCACUGCUGGCAAUAAUGACGAACCACCAGGCACAGCUCGCUUAGAUGAAACCGCCGCUGCUGGCCCAACUUACAGAACCCCAGCCACAGCUGACAGGACCGCUGCUGGCAAUAAUGAUGACCCACUUUCAGUUGAUGAAGAAACCGCUGCUGGCAAUAAUGAUGGACCACCAGCCACAACUCGCUUAGAUGAAACCGCCGCUGCUGGCCCAACUUACAGAACCCCAGCCACAGCUGACAGGACCGCUGCUGGCAAUAAUGAUGACCCACUUUCAGUUGAUGAAGAAACCGCUGCUGGCAAUAAUGAUGAACCACCAGGCACAGCUCGCUUAGAUGAAACCGCCGCUGCUGGCCCAAAUUACAGAACCCCAGCCACAGCUGGCAGGACCGCUGCUGGCAAUAAUGAUGACCCACCAGGCACAGCUGGGUUAGAUGACGCCAAUGCUGCUGGGACCGACGAGAAACCUCCUGGCACAACUAAAGCAUCUUCACCUGCCUCUGUUAUUCAUAAUUCAUAUGAGGUCAACGCUAACGGCAAUGAAGGAACCACACACUUUGUUGAAAUCAAAAGCCGGAAGAAGUGGCUCAAGAGGAUCCAGCGAUUCUUCUCUAGGAUGAUCAAGUCUAUAAGUUGCUGCAGUGUAGAUGUUGCUGAACAAAGACACACCACAUUUGAAUGAAGACAUAUCAUGGGCGGCACAGCGGUGCAGUGGUUAGCACUGUCAUCGCACAGCAGGAAGGUUUUGGGUUGUAACCUGCUUUUCUGUUCUCCCCGUGUCUGCGUGGGUUUACUCCGGGGGCUCCGGUUUCCUCCCACUGACACAAGACACGGAGGUUAGGUUAACUGACAAUAAAUGCACAGUAAACAAGAUAAUGAUAAUGUAAGUACACACAAGUCACAAUGAUAAUUGAUUGAUUAAUGGAUGGAAUAAAACAUUGAAUUGAAAUAAAAUC